AUAUGUAGGUUUGUUAUAUAUAACAUGGAUAACCUCUAGUUACUGACUAGUCACCAUUGUAAUUAAUUACAUAUCUACUAUGUAGAGCACGUAUAAGCUAUGAACUCCUUCGGAAUUCCUCUAUCUGGUAUAGCCAUCGCUGAAGUUUUACGAGUCGGCCACCCUAUGCGGCGACAUCGGACUAUAAAGAAGCUGGGAACCCCGCUGUUACCAUCAAUAUCAAUCCAUCGUCUGUCUCAGUCUUUCAACCGCGAGAGACUUCUUCAUAUCCCAUCCGCUACCAUGUCUACUUUCGACACACCAGACGGUAAACCAGCCAGCAGUUGGCUCGGUCACCAGGGCGCUGCGGCUUUUGACCUUAGAAGCGAUACCAUGACUACUCCAACUCAGAAUAUGCUGUUUGCUAUCCAACAUACCACCUUGCUGGACGAUGUCUUCGAAGAAGACCCGACCACCAUAGACCUCGAGACUCAUGUGGCCUCUUUGACGGGUAAAGAGGCCGCUCUUUUCGUCCUUUCCGGCACCAUGGGCAACCAAAUAGCCUUACGCUCGUUGCUCACGCGGCCACCACACGGUGUGCUGGCAGAUCAUCGUUCGCACAUUAUCAAGUACGAGGCUGGAGGCGUCACAUCCUUGACUGGCGCCAUGACUACACCCAUAGCGCCUAGAAACGGCCUUUAUCUAACUCUGGAGGAUAUCGAGUCCAAUGUCGUCCUUGGGGAGGAGAUACACUCCUGUCCGACACGCGUCAUCAGCCUUGAGAACUCGCUCAACGGAUUAAUCAUGCCCCUGGACGAGGUGAAGAGGAUCUCCGAAUUUGCCCGAGAGCACGGCAUCCUCAUGCAUUGCGACGGUGCGAGGCUGUGGGAAGUGGUCGCCUCCGGGGCUGGGUCGCUACCGGACUUCUGUCAGUAUUUUGAUACUAUCUCCCUCUGCUUCUCCAAAGGGCUAGGUGCCCCGAUCGGAAGUAUCAUCGUCGGCAACAAAUCACUCAUAAAGCAUGCGAGAUGGGUGCGUAAGUCGAUCGGUGGUGGCCUGCGCCAGUCCGGCGUUGUCACAGCCGCCGCUCGGGUGGCGGUUGACGUGACUUUCGGCAAAGGCCCAAAUGGCGAAAGUGGCCUUCUUCGGGACACGCACCUCACCGCAAAGCGCGUCGAGAAGCUGUGGACAAGUCUGGGCGGCCGGAUGGAAUAUCCCGUCCAAACAAAUAUGGUUUGGUUAGACCUUCAGUCGUUAAACUGCAGCCCUUCUAGAUUUGCUCAGCUGGGUCGCCAGGUUGGCUUAAAGGUUUCCGGUAACCGAAUUAUUACGCAUUACCAGAUUGGCGAGGAAGCCAUCAAGAGGCUGGCUAGUAUCUUUGAGAAAGUAGCUUCGGAAAGGGGGGCGAGUAACCAUGACAAAGACCACGAGACACUCCAACGUGACUUUUACGGUAGCAAGGUUUAGGUUAUGACCUGAUCAAGAGCUGCUCGAGCACAGAAAUAUUAAUACGGCAAGGAGAUAAGAAGCUCAAAGUUACCCCUUAGGAAACUUAGGGUUAUAGGGUUAUGUGGCUUUGAUUUGUUGGAAAUGUUGUGCUGUUGUUCUAUGAUACAUCCCACUUGAUAUGUCCAUCUUAGGUAUAUUCGGUACUUAGCAACAACUACAGAUUCUUGAAAACACUUUUUACAGUAGAAAUUUAAGAGACGCACUACUCUUUAGUAUCCACACGUUUCGGGUCAAAUAUGGAAAUAGUCACGAACAUCAUGGCCAGGUUUUACU